UUGGUUCCGCUCGGACGUUAUCGUCGAAGAACAAUUUACAAGGAACGCGCGAGGACCCUCUCCGUGAGGUAAUCGCUAGCAAGAUCGAUUACGAUAAAGUCGGUCGAAUCGACGUCUUCUUACGAUGACGCGUCGGCGCAAAUUAACGUUUAAACGCAGGCGCGGGUCAGAGGAUGGAAAAGGGAGGCGAAAAAGUCGAAAAAGGAGAAAAAGGCGAAAAAGGAAAGGACGAACGACGAUGAACGAAGACGAAGGUGGGCUAAGAGAAGCUCCACUCGUCUCUGAAAACUGGUCUGGUAGAGACGCGGUCUUAGGAGCAAAGAAGAGUCGGAGGAGCGGCAUUCCCCGGUAAUUAGUCUCACCCAUAAAUUACUAGCUAUUCCGUGUCUGUGUUGGUCACAACUCGGUAAUGUUCUCCUCUUCUCUCUUCUUCUCCAGCCUUUCCAUUUCUCCCGUCUCUCUUUCCCACCCGUCUUUAUUCCUGUCCUUUAUAUUCCUCCUUCAACCCGAUAUUAUUUGAUACCUCGUCUCCGAGAUAAACGACCGACGAUCGUUGAUUUAUCCAGGAACUUGGCGAAAAUUUCAUCACGAUUCUAUGCUUACAACGGUGACGACAGGAACGUGACAGCGUAGAGUUAAGCAAUAGUCGAUAGAGAGAUGGAUCUAGGUGCCAGGAGGUCUCGCAGACGGUCUAUGGGAAUGAAACGGACUCAUCUUUGCCGUAGGUCGAACGCGAGCCUGAUCCGAGAGGAUCUCUCUGGCCGCCGAAGGGGCACAGGACCCCGCUGCUAAAUGAGCUGUAAUACGGACCCCCGCUGACCCCGCGCUCGCUCUUUCUCUUUCUCCUGCUCUACCUCGCCAGUUCCUACUCUUCCGUCGUAAUCUCUUCCUUUCCUCUUCUAUCGAAUCGUUCGUUCUUUCACUCGUACCGCUCCGUCUGCCUGCUCUCCCCCCGGUGCCGUUCAAAACUACUCGUUCCUCGGGUAGAAUUCGGUGGUCAUGAUACAACAACGCCAAACGAUUCCUCUUACCGGCACACUUACCACGAUGUUUUUACUUUCUCUACUCCUUUUACCGUUUUUCUGCCUUUCGUUUUUCUAUUGUCGCUGUUAUCGCCCGUUCUUGCUCGUUGGCCCGUCGUUCGACGCGCUCGUUUCGUCGUUAAAAUCGGGGAUGACGAAUGUUUCUACGGUUUCCAUAAUUACAGUUACCUAUGCGCGAGCGACACUUGGGUUUAUGUCAUGGAGAACGGCUUUCCUUCCACCGAGUACGAAACGGUUCUCAUCGCUUCUGCGAACUAACGGAGAAUGGUCGUGACAUCGAGACCGAUCGCUCGCGCAUUCGCUCGGUCAACGAAGUAGUUGACCCGUCGCUGGAGAUACGCAGAGAGCGAUCCAUCAAUUGGGUCAACCGUUCUCCGCGCUCGCUACUAGUGGAUGGAGAAAGGAAAGAGAGCAAGGGGAGGAACGAAAGUACGACUAGUAUCUAAGAUACAGGAGUUCUAUCGAUGCCACGCGAAAGCGACAGUUUCGACGUUACUCGAAGUUUUUCCAAUUAAAUAUUCGCUCAUGCUACUCGGGAAAAUAUGAAGUUUUCCGUCGGUAGAAUGUCCCCGUGUAACAGAUCUCUGGCGCGGGCCAGCAGUUUGCGACUAAUCGACGAUUACUCUUCACGUAAAUCCUGAAAAGUCUGGACGCGAUUUAAAGACGCCGAAACAGAAUCGGGAUCGAUAAAUGUUCGAAAUGAGACGAUAAAACGAGUCGCACGGUGACAGUUUAAGUCUUCGAUAGCUCUGUUCGAUGCGCCUUCGCUGUGUACCACCGAGACAUGACCGAUGAGAGAGGAGAGACCAGCGUGCAACAAGGGGAAGGAAGAUAGCCACUGGCAGAGCUCUAAAGGAAGGAAAAGGACGUGACGCUGAAAGUGGAAGUAUACGAUUAAGCGGAGACCGACCGAGAACAAGCUGGUGCCGGGCUGUUUUAAACGAUCCGUUGAUCGGAUUUUUUCCCAAACUUGGAAAAACGAAAACCGCGAAAAUGCUAUUGUCAGUCCGCGAAGGAGGAGACAGCUGAACGAUGAGAAUGGAUUUUGGGAGGAUUUGCUCGGCCGUGCGGAUCGUGCUGCUCGUUACGAGGAUCGUGCAACGAGGAGGAAGCUUUACGUAGAAAGCUGGAACGCGAGCAUAGGAGGGAUGUCCCCUCGGUGGUGCAUUCGCGAUCACGAAACUAUCGACGAGGAUACCGCGGCGAUGGUGACGUCGACGUUGGUGGUGUAGUGAAGGUGGUAAUGGUGGUGUCUCGAGGCAAGCUGAAAGAGAAAACGGUGGUGGAGGAGAAAAGGAAGCGGUAGAAGAAGCAAAACUAAAAGAAGAAGAAGACGAAGAGAAAGAAGCAGAUGAAGGUGAAUGGUGGGGCUGUCUUCUCUACUCCUUAGUACAUUUCUGGUGGGGGUAAGGCAACACUCAAAGUUCGUGGUGACGUAGUUCUGGCAGGAACGCGACGCGUUUUUGUCCCCGCCGGAAGGAAAUAGCACCUUCCUAGAUUCUGAUCGCGUCUCGUCUUUGGUGUAUUCGUCAAGUCGAAGAAAGAGGGAAAAGAGCUUCGAAGAGGAGCGGAUCUUGAGCAAAGGGAACGAACGAGAGGAAAAGGAUCGGAAAAGAUAGGAGAAGGAGGAGGAGGAGGAAGAGGAGGAGUAGGAGUAGCGGCGGGAUCGAGAGGAAGUAAACGAAAGAAAAGCAAGAAACAGAGUGACGGGAAGGGGUGGGGGAUAUCUAGUUCAACAGACCGGAAGCGAAGGAUUUGCUCUUCCGGGAAUUUCUCCAUCGUGAUAAGGACCAUUUGCGAUUCCAAAAGAUUACGUUCGGCGAGUCAAAGCAAACGGGAAAAUUUGAUUGUUUUUUCAUGGUUUCCCAGUGGCCCGGAAAGAUAUCAUGAGGAUUUCGCGUGGUCAAUAUUUGUAUCCGUUCGAGUGUUUCAAAGAGGCUCUUUCGCUUUGAUCGUUAUACUCGAAGCUGGAGAAGAAAGAAGCGGACGAACGGACGGAGGAGGAAGAGGAAGAAGAGGGCUGUAACGACGCCGAAGAAGAAGAAGAAGAAAACGAUCGUGCUUCGGUGAAGUGUUGGCAGAAGCGAAGACCAGAUACGAGAAAGUAGUCGAGAGUGGACGGUCGAGGAGAUCGGGUGCUCGAUAAAGAAUUUCUCCUUCGAGAUCGAGGAAAAGGAUCGUCGAGUAUUUUUCAAAGGAGCACGCGUGACCCGACCUGUUACGAGCUACCGAUACGUCACGCGUAAAGUCGAUCAAUUUUUCGCCGGUUUCGUAGGUCAGGAAUCUGGUGACGCUACGUCGUGCCAGACACGAUCGAUUUCCAUACCGGCGCGAUUUCGAUUUUCCGUCGUCUUUCUCGAGUUGAGAACGUCGUUCGUCUUCCGGUAUCCAGCAGACUACGGGCGGCAGACGAGGGAAGAAAUCGGCAAUUGUCGAAGUUACACCGAGGGGCGGAGGGGAUGGAGAUGCGCCUCGUUCUCGUGGCGAUCUGCCUCCUUCUCGUUACCCCCAUCGCCGGCUCUUUCUGGACCGUUGGAAAUCAGGUGGUGAUGGAUCCGAUGCUCAUCUGCAAGAAGACUAGGAGACUGAAGGGCAAAAUGGCGGACAUCUGUCGCAAGGAACCCUCCCUGUUGAAGGAAAUUGCGAGAGGCGUCCAAGUCGGAACCAAAGAAUGCCAAUAUCAAUUUCGAAAUCGCAGGUGGAACUGCACCACCAUGAGGAGGUCGCUCAGAAAAAUUUUAUUGCGCGAUACCAGAGAGACGGGUUUUGUGAACGCCAUCACCGCGGCCGGAGUAACCUACGCGGUGACCAGAGCUUGCACCAUGGGACACCUCGUCGAAUGCUCCUGCGACAAGAUGACGGCGAAAGGUAAUCGGCUCGGUAAAUUGACCCGUACCGCUGAAAUGGAGAAGAGCCUGCCGACCGAGGGUGACUGGGAGUGGGGUGGAUGCGGCGACAACGUAAAGUUUGGAUUUAAGAAGUCACGGGACUUUAUGGACGCCCCUUAUCGAAAACGCAGCGACAUCAAAACGCUGGUGAAGCUGCACAACAACAACGCCGGUCGUCUGGCCAUCAGGGACUUUAUGAGCACGGAAUGCAAGUGUCACGGACUUUCGGGAUCAUGCACGGUUCGAACCUGUUGGCGGAAAAUGCCGGCGUUCCGCGACGUUGGCAACAGGCUGAAAGAGUCGUUUGACGGCGCGGCGAAGGUGAUACCGAGCAACGACGGCCACAGCUUCAUCACCGAGGGGCCGACCAUCAAGCCGCCGGACAGAUUCGAUCUGAUAUACAGCGAGGACUCGCCGGACUUCUGCAAGCCGAACAGAAAAACGGGCUCCCUGGGCACACAGGGACGACGAUGCAACUCCACCAGUCAAGGAGUCGACGGAUGCGAGCUGCUCUGCUGCGGUAGAGGCUACGACACCAGAGUCGUCAAGGAGAAGAUCAGCUGCGAAUGCAGGUUCCGCUGGUGCUGCGAGGUCACUUGCAACACCUGCCUGGUUAAGAAAACGGUCAACACUUGUCGCUAACGAGUCGCCUGUCCACCGUUAGAAUAAACGUUUGUAAUAUACGCGACGCGCUGUCGAACAGUUUGGACGCGAGGGUCGAGUCGCGAACAAUCAGUCGUAAAUAAGUCGCGCGCUCGAUCGUUCGCGUCCCAUCGUUCGAAGCUUUCCAAGUAUCUCCAGCUGUUCGUUUCGAGCGUUUCGCGCUUUGCUUGCUCGCGGCGCGCGAAACGAUCGUCGCUUUUCUCGCUUUCGUUCGACUUUUGUCGACACGCCGCCUUUCAACCUCUCCCAUUCCCCCUUUUUGCCCUCUUGCGCUUGCGUUCUCCGCAUUUACUGUACAUAAGACUGAAUGGACGAAAGUUUAUACUGUGCAGCGUGAAAUGCGAAUAAAAACGUGUAUCCCCGGC